CUACAUCAAAUGUUUUCAGAAAUCCAAGUUAAAUGAGGCGCCUGAUCCCGCCCAUCGCAGUUUCGGCUACACGUUAUUACAGGGGAACUUCUAAAAAGUUCCCGACACCCAGUCCGAUUCGUCUUUCCAUAUUAGUGCGAUGCAUACUGGCCUACAAACAGACAUACAAGGGUGUCAAAGCUGCGACUUUCAAUAUCACUUAUGAAUCCUGUUCUUAUCAAGAACACAGUGCUCGCAUGGGUGCCGGUAAGCUCGAGUGAAUUGCUCUGGCAGCUCCUACGCUGUGUUUUCAGUUACUAUUAUCGAGGGAUAGCAAUUCGAAACCAGUUUUGGAAGCGCAGAAAGCGCAGUUCCGCCAUCAGUGGAUCGGCCUACCGUCUAUUUGAGUAAACCGGAUUUAAUCUUCAGAUAGUAUUCACGUCAUCUGGCGGUCGACUUGGUCCAGUAAGACAUGUUGGACAUUUCUUAAAAGACACUGUCACUCCCUUAUACCUUAUUUUGUAUGGGUUGUGCAACAGUAAUUUGUGAGGGUGAGAGAGAACAGGCAGAACAGCUAUUCACGGCAAGACAUGGGACUGUUCUCUGUGCCGAAAAGACAGGACAGAAUUUGUGCAAAUGUCACAUUAAGGGAACAGCCGCUUUUCAUUCACUUGGCCGUGAAGACUUGCCUCCUACGAAAUUGAGUAACCUUUCUAUAACAAUUAAUACCAGCCGAACUGUUUCAAGACCCCCAAAACAAGCGCAACAGAUGGCAAUCAGCAGUCCACUCGUCCAAAUUGAGGAAAGGCAGACAAAAAUAGUAAUACCGAAAAGUUCAGAAGUGUUUUCAUGAAGUUCCAGCCUGAUUCAGUUGAGAUAUCAUUGUUCGUCAGUUAUUGUUUUCCAAUCGAGUCGUCAUGUUUCGCUUAGCCUGUUGUAUGUUGUACAGCCCGUCGAUGUGACCCUGCCGACUGGAGUUGCUGCGGUUUAUCAUCCAGCCCUCAACCCGGCUUGUUUACAUUGGGGAUCACGAAACCGCCUAUUGCUGGCGUGCAAAGGUAUGUGUAAGAGAGGGCUUGGAAUGCAGCCAAUCAGAAGCGUGUUUGCCGGGAGUUUGAUAGACGUACUAACAAUAGCUGGGGUAGCGCGACUCGACUGAGCGCUCUGCCCGCCCCGGCCAUAGCGAGCCGGGCUUCUCGACUAGAACGUACACAACUAGUUCACGUCCUCAAUAUCUACACCUAUAUGGACAUACUCAGUCAUACAGAAUACGGAUAACACUGGGAUUUUACCGAAUAAACCUUGGGAAUUGAUAUCCACUGUUAAUCUGUGGCCAGAUAAAGACAAGCGCCGUUCAGCAGAAUGGUUUGACAGCAGUGCAGCACACACGUAGUUUUUAACGUGUGCGAUCGAACUGGACAACGAUGGACGGACGGAUGAACUUUACACUGGAUAGGGGUCGGUUUUUACCCACCACCCAUGCUUCUGCCACUCUGGGCACGUUAAGUCAUAGUUACGAUGGAUCGUCUGGGACCGGGGCAUUACGGCACCCCCUAGCCGACCUCGGCCGGACGGGCACGCCGUCUACCCUAGCUUCCUUGGGACAGUUCGGUGGAAGAUACUUUCCAUCCUCCAGCCUGCCCUUCCACACAGGCGCGGGUUAUGUGAUGGAUAAUUACCUGGGUAGCCGGUCCCAGACGGGUGCUGACGGGAUAAAACCAUCACUUCAUCAGUAUCCACAGUACUGGGCAGCGCAGUCAGAAGGCCUGGCUCGUCAGUACGGCCUGGCUGGUAGCGUCUACUCACCGUACCUGCCGCUCCUCCACGGUGCCGACCCGAUGGCUGCCGUCUACCCACACGCCGCGGCGGCGGCUGCCCUCGCACAGGCGCAGGCUCCUUACCACAGAAUCUAUGAUCUACGAACCGAUCCAAAUUAUGGGAGUUUGGCAAUGGCUGGUGGACAGCCAACAAUCUACAGCAGCAGCCUUCACUCUCCAGCUACAGAGCCUCUGCUACUGCAAGCCCCUGCCCCAUCCCUACUGACCGGUGAGGGCAAACCAGAGGGCCAGACUUCCCUUGAGAAACUGUCCCUAGCAGUGGAGUCUGCUGGCGGAGGAGGUCAUCCUGUCUCCAAGAAACACAGCAUUAAGACUGAACCAGGAGCAUCAAAGUCCCAGGAUGGCAUGAAGAGUGUGUCUGGGAUGAGAAAAUCAGAAAGCAAGAGAGAGAAAAAGAGUAAUUCAAGUGAUUCUAAGAGAGAUGUGAAAGACAACAAAGACUCCAGUGUGCCAAAGGAAGUGAGUCAGGGAGGUCAUGCCAAAAGUAAAAAGGAAAGUUCAGGAAGUCAUACUUCACCUUCUAGUAAGACUGGGGUGGUAUUACCACGGGCUGAAAAGAUAGAGGGAAAAAAGACUAGUGAAAACUGGACUCCUUGUGAUAAAAGAGUGGCUUCACCCCAGAAGAAAAGUGCACGUGAGCUGCACACUUGCACAGAUCUGCCUAAACCUAAAGCUGUGGUGUUAAGUAGUGCAGUGACUGAACAUAAGGCUGAGGAUGACCCUCAGGGCUCCUCACAGCGUCCUGAGUCUAGUGUCACAGUCACAAGUUCACAGUCAAGUGUGGCAGUGGUAAGCUCACAGUCUAGUGCCCAAGUGAUAAACUCACAGUCCAACCCCUCAGUGACAGUCUCACUGUCUACUGUCACAGCGACAAGCACAGUGAGGAGCUUACAGCCAAAUGUUCCAGUCACAAGAUCACAAACAAAUAACCCUGUGACAAGCUCACUCUCAGUUGUGGCACUGACUACUGUCACAUUUACCACCAGCGAGAGUAAAUCGUUGAUGACAACCACUAGUUCUGGGCCAUCUGUGUUUUCUGUACAGCCCUCAACAAGGAUGACGACUGCUAUAGCCUCAAACAACGCCGUAUCAAGAACAGAUGCGUCUGAGUAUCUUGGAGCGUCGUCAGGGCCCUAUCACACAGUGUAUUCCUACACUCAGCAAAAUAAACCGGUGAGAGAGGGAAGUAAAGUGCAUGCUACCACAGUGACCCCAGAGGUGGGCACUCUACCAAGCCCUGUGGUGCCAACAUGUACAACAACUGUGAUACAAGCCAAAUCUUCUGGCGAUGAGGUCAGGUGCAAAGUUGAGGGUUCAAGGUCAUCAUGUUGUGCCAUGACAACCACCACCUCUAGUCGAGGACAACCAAAGUGUGGUGAAGGUCAUACCCAAAGUGCUAAGAAAAAGUCACCCGAAGGAAAGCAGAAAAGUGCAAUUGAAAAAGGUUCCAAAGCCACAAAUUCACACGAAAAACUGACUGAACAGCUCAAUAAUACUUUGACUCCUAAAUAUGAGGGUUCUGGCUAUGUGGCUAGUAGCCAUCAGGUCAUGUUUCCUCAGCCUCAGGGGGUGGGUAUAGACUGUGGUCCAAGGGACAUUUAUGGUAACCCUCUUCCAUUCCCUUCUAAGACAUUGCCCUUUUCUGGUGCCCCAAUCACGCCAUAUGACACCAGUCUUAGGCCAAUGGAUUUGAGUAGUCCUAAAGAAAAGAAACGGAAAGAAAGAGUGAAGUCCCCUUCAGAAAGCUCCAGAAAUUCUAGUGAUUCUGAAUCGGGAAAAAAUUCUAAAAAACAUGAUUCAACUUCAACAGUGCCAUAUAGAGACAUAAUUCAUGAGUACGGGCAGCCAAGAAACAGAGUGACUUUGUUGGAGACCCACCUGCCCGCAGACAAGACACCAUCAAGUUCUCCCGGAAUGGCCGGGGCUGGUAGUAAACAGUCUGUGACACCCUCCUCAUCUCCGCGGCUCUGGUAUGACUACAAUAUGACCGGUCAGCAGAUGGUGAUGGGCAGCAUGCCAGGGCGGUACAUGUACCCUUACGGACAAAUCCAACCAUAUUAUCCGAUUCCUCCUGAAGGGAGUGUAAGCACGACCAAAGCGGGAACAUCAUCUGUCCAGUCUGCCAGUCCUGUGUCUGGUACGCCAGCGGGCCAGGGACCUGGGUCAGCAGAGUCUGGUAAGGAAUCUGAUAACAAGAGUGGUUCUGGUGAUAAGGGGAUGCCUGACAAGACAAAGAGUGAGGGAUUACCUGGUAAAGACAGAGUCAGCCCUGUGUGUAAAGACACUGUAACACCUGGUGCUGCAGGUAAAUCUGACUCUGACUCCAAUAGUGCUACUCCAACACGCCAGAUGUCCCCAGCAUGUAACAAAUCCCAACUUGUAGUGCCCAAUGGGAACAACUCUGAAGAACAUACCAACAGCCGAUAUGUCGCUCCUUUGAGAAGCUGUCCAACUGUGGGGAAAGCCACAAAACAUCUGCCUCUGGGUUCUGUUAAGCCUUCAGGACCAGGGUUGAAGACCUGUAAGGACCAUACUUCUGGAGAAGAGAAUGUGGCUAUUUCUGGGUCUGGAAUUCCAGUGGGGAUAGCAGUUGCCAGACAAAGACAAGACAUUUCCAAAGAUGUGGCAAAAGAUGAGGUGAUAUCUGACGUGAAUGUGACAUCAGAGACGUGUACAUAUUCACAGGAGCGUUCCGAGAGAGAAGAGUUUCUGAGAGAGCAGAAGGAACUUCUGGAUAAUCGAUCUCUGAUUUCAACAACAGCCACAUCCAAUUCUGGAGAUGUCAGGACUGAAUUGAGUGCUAAUCUUGUAGUCACAGGAGGUAAUGUUUUGUCCACGGCCACAGGAUGGCGGGAUGGUGGGGACGCUACACGUCAGUACCCAGCCAACCAGUGGAUUCAGACAGGUCCCACAAUCAACCCAGCCCUGUGGGUGGGGCAGGCAGCCUUUGGGAUGCCCCCAACACUACCAGCCACCCCUGCCCUAGACACUUCACACCUCCCCUUCACUGCUUCAGGGGGGUUUAAACUGGCCCAGGACCCUGUCACCGGCCAACUGUUCCUCAUACCCACGGCAAAUCUCAGUAAUCUAGCCUAUGCCAGCACCCCUUUCCAACAUGGCACUUCAACAGCCCAGACUGUCAUGGCUGCCCAACCCUUCACACAGAUGACCAUGUCAAGUCAACCAAUCACAGCACCCCCACCACCAGUUGACCCAUCCUCGGCUGACCAACCAGAUAAGGACGCUCCUAACAGUCCACAGGAGGGUACAUCCAGUGAGGAUCCACAGGAUGGUUGUAGUGAUGAGGGUCAGUCCACUCAGUCUAACUCCCCUCACAGGCCGGCUUCGGACAGCGCUGGGGAACAGCAAGGGGCAGAAGAGGAGAGUGCUGCUGUGCCAGGGGAGACUACUAUGACUAGUUCUGAGGGGGAGAAAGCGGAUUGUCCCACCGUGCCUAUUGCUCCACAAACUGCGUAUAUCGCUGGGUAUCCAUCCAUGGGAGCUGGUCAAACAUACGCCACAUACUCUUACCCCCACCCCCAGAUCUCAUACCUGUAUGACCCCAGCCUCCUCUCCACAUACAGCAUGCCCAUGCCAGCAGCCUUACCUGAAGCUGCUCCAGUGGCUGCACCUAUAGCCGCUCCCAUAGCAACAUCCGUGGCAGCUCCUGUGGUGGCUGUAAAGCCAGAAUGUCCCGCCGUCCGCUCACAGGGUACUUCCCCUAUUGUUGUUUCCACUGCGAACACGCCUACUAUACCUACAGCAACAGUAGCUGCAUUCAGCGAGGCCUCACCUCCUGCAGAGUCCCAGGUGAAGGGGGAGCCUAAAGCAGAGGUGAAGCCAGAAGAGGAGGCGGAGAAAAUCCCCGCCACAUCCUCCACCCCACCCUGUCUGCCAGAAGAGCCGCCCGCCCCUAAAUUGGAGGGGCCAACUGUGAUACCUUCUCCCACGUCACCCACGGAGAGCUCAGAGAAAGUGGUUGACAUGCCUGUGAUUAGCGAGAGCAUUGGAGCAGCCAAAGUUCUGCAAAAGUUAAAACAUUCAAAGGUCAAAAAAGAGAAGAAAAAGAAAGACCCCACUAAAAGUGCCGAGAAGAAAGCUGAAAAGAAAUCCGAGAAAAAGCAUUCAUGUGAUAAAAAGACAAAUUCUGAUAAACAGUCCCAUUCAGAGAAAAAGAAAGACAAGUCUGGGAAAGUGAAGAAAUCAAAAUUAAAAGCCAAAAACAGUGAUCAGAAGAAAGCCCAGGAAAGUGGUGUUGAGGAAAGGGUGAACUACAAUCCUUACACUGACCCUCAGAUUCUGCAGGCUGCAGACGGACUAGAACUGCUGAGUGCCCUUGCAGAGAAAUGGUCCAAAUGUUCACCUGUGGAAGAUGAGGAGAAACCAGAAGUUUCCAAACCUGAUAAUGUGAUUGAUGAGUAUGAGUUCACUGAUAACCCUGUCAUUGACAUAAACCGAAACUACAGCCCCAAUAAAACAGGCAAAAGGACUUGUUAUGCAGACUCUGAGAAGCUGUCUUCUACUCCCAGUAAGAAGGAUGUGACUGAUCUCCCCCCAAUGUUUGCCUCCACAGGUCUAGCAUGGCCAACAGAUCUUCUCUCUUUCCUGGAUGUAGGUCCUGACACCAUGGAUGCAAUGGAACUAGAAAUACGGUUGAGAUUGGCAGAGUUGCAGCGUCGCUACAAACAGAAACAGAGAGAACUGUCCAAGCUACACCCCAAGAAGGACAAAGAGGAAGAGGAUAAGAGUUUGACCAAAAGAGGACCAGGCCGACCUCGCAAGAGGAAGUUCAUAUCUCGAAAGUCUGAAAGUCAGAAUACCAGUGCCAGUGACAGUGGAAAGUCUUCAAGUUACAAAGAGCCUGUGGCUAAGAAGAAGAAGUUGGUGGAGAAGUUAGUAGACCGAGUGUUCAGGAAGACGGGCAGAGAUAAGAAAUCCAAAAAGAACAAAGCUCUCGGCCUGGUUAGCUCCACACAGAAACAUGGUCCAGAUGUCACAUUUGAUAACACAGAUACAGGAUUAAUAGGUAACAAAUCAUUAUCUGAGGAGACUGGACUCCUCCAGAAAACUGACGGCCACUCUUUGGAGGCUACCAAAGUGAAAUCAAAGUCAAAAUCCAAAGAUGGCAAGAAACAGAAAUCACAUGGCUCUCAUGACAAAAGCAGUAAGAAGGGCAAUUUGGGGUUACCUGGGUCUGGCAAAGAGAAGAAAAGCAAGAAAAUUCUGAAGAAAAGUUGUCUGUCUGGGGAUAGUGCUGAUGUCAACACUGGUAAUAUCAGCCAAGGUAUAUCGGACAGCUCAGAAGGGGACUGUGGGGUGGGAAUGCUGACAAAGUUCUCUGGCACGUCAACAGAGAGCGCGCCAUCUGGGGGUAAAAAGAAGAAGCGUAAAGUUGAGGAAGGUGUGUUAGGUGACAAGGGUGUAGUGUCAAUGAAUGCUGGGAGAGAAGACAGUAAGCACGGACCCCCCGUAACAAAGAGAGAAUCUGACACAGAUCACAGUGACCCAACAUCUGUGACGAAACGGCGCAAACCGGGGCGCCCCAAGAAGUAUUGUAAUCCUGGCAAAUCAGCAGGCAAUACAGAAACUAUAGUGGCAAAGAAACCCAAACACAUUGGCAUGAUGAAGUACAAAAACAAGGAGCGGAAAAUUGACAUGAAAGCUCAGGAGAAGAAAAUGAAGUUGGAGAACAGCUCAGUUCUGAAGCCUCUCUAUCUGGAGGAAAAGUGGUCAUUACGCCGAAGUGAGCGGAUUUUUCUGAGUGAGCCAAGCCCGCAACCUUCGCCUAAUGGUCCCCUAGGAACCACAUUUGGUCUCAACUCACCCACACAAGAGCUGAAAAGUCCAAGAGGCCGGUCGAAAUCAUUGGACAAGCCCAAAGCUAAAGUGAAUAGAUCCAAAAGCUUGCAAGACAUCAGCCACAAAGUGAAAAUGAAAUACUCUAAAAGCUAUGGCAAGAAAGUGAUGACUACCACAGCUACUACUGCUACCGGAUUUGCCCAGCAGAGGAUGCUGACUCAGGUGGAUGCCUACGGCCGGCGCCCGGGGAAGUAUGGACAGUACUAUGUGGACUCUGACAGUAACACAGGGGAGAGCAGUGAUGGGGAUGACCUGCCAUUGAGCACGCUGCGUGAUCGAGCUAUCACUCCAGAGCCACGAUCGUGUGUGUUGGACAAGGAUGACCUGGUAGAUGGCCUGCGAGUGUUGUUGUUGAUGGAUGGACUGUUCCACGAGGGAGCGGUCAAGGCCAUCAGACCUCCUGAUGUAUAUGGUGUUCUGAUAGACGGUGAACGUGGAAAUCGACCACAUAUCUACUCACAGGAGGAAAUUCUCAAAGAAGCAAUCCUGGAUGUGCAACCAGGCUCUCCUCGUUUUGUCCCUGAGGGAACUCGAGUCUGUGCAUACUGGAGCCAACAGUUCAGCUGUCUCUACCCAGGGACUGUGUGUAGAGCCAGCCCUGAUCCGCACGCUGACCCAAACUUUGUUAGUCUUGAGUUUGACGAUGGAGAUUCAGGCACAAUUCCAUUUGACCACAUCCGCAUGUUGCCCCCGGGUUAUCCACAUGUCUCUUACGAUACCAACCCUAUACUGAUAGUUGGGAAGCGUCGCCGUAGAACCAUCUCAGAAGACCUGGAAUACUGCCGAUCCUCCACAUCUGAGUUGUCACCAGUGCCUGGGUCGACAGCCAUUAAGUGGGCCAAAUACAGGACAAGUGUCAGCAAGGUGAAGACGAGCUGGGAGAAGGGAGCUGCCAAGGGAGGUAACCUACUGGAGCUGGAGGAGGAGGUUGAACUGAAGGACAGUGUGUUUGAGGCAGAGAGUCACCAAACAUUUGGCAGAGUUGUCAGUCAGGACAAGAAACAACAUGGAAAGAAGAAACAUAAGCAUCGCAACAAAGAUGAGCUGAGUGCUGCCAGUGAUGGCAAACACAAACACAAGAAACACAAGAAGACUGGUAAAGAGGACAAGAUGAGGCCUGCGUCAGCCAUGUUUUCUGGUCCCAACACGAGCUUUGCAUCCCUGGCUCAGUCUGAGGCCUGCCAGACGUUAGUGAGCAGCACCAAGACCCUGGGCUCCAGUGGGUUCCUGCUUCAGUCUACAUCUUAUGAGGAGAAGACAUAUAACUGGGUGAUGAGGAACCCGUUGGCCACAGACCGCAUUGGCCGUACCAUGGAGGACUGUGAGUCUGCGGAUAACACAGCAGAGUCAAUCUGUACAACAAACCCGGAUGGAGAUGCCAGCGAGAAGUCAGAUGAUGAUACAGACGUAGGGGAUCAGAGUUCCGUGAAAGCUCAACCCAAGGGGAAGGGACGACCAAAAUCUACCGGAGAGAAGAAGAAGAAAGCAGAGCGGUCAUUGUCAACCGAGAGCAAAAGUAAGAUAGCCGCUUUCUUGCCAACACGACAACUGUGGAAGUGGUCUGGAAAAUCAACCAAACGGCCUGGGAUGAAAGGAAAAGCGAGGAAGGAAUUCUACAAGGCAAUCCAGAGGGGCCGGGAACACAUACGGGUGGGAGACUGUGCUGUGUUCCUGUCCACGGGGCGACCUAACCUCCCAUUUGUUGGGCGCAUUGAAAACUUCUGGGAGGCAUGGGGCGGCAAUAUGGUGGUUAGAGUGAAGUGGUUCUACCAUCCUGAGGAGACCAAGGGUGGCAAGAAACUACCGGAACCUAAGGGUGCCCUGUUCCAGUCCCCCCACGGAGAUGAGAAUGAUGUCCAGACCAUUUCUCAUCGCUGCGAUGUCCUGCCCUACAUGGAGUACAACCAGUACAAGAUGGAGGCCAUUCGAAGGGGCAAUGAGAACCUGCUGGACUCGGAGGAGAUAUACUAUCUGGCGGGAAAUUACGAUCCGUCCUCUAACCAUAUCUCCUAUGAACAGCAUGUGAUGGGAUGAACCCUAACUGCCAGGCCUGUACACUCAACCCUAACCAGCUGCCUGGCCUGUACACUCAACCCUAACCAGCUGCCUGGCCUGUACACUCAACCCUAACCAGCUGCCUGGCCUGUACACUCAACCCUAACCAGCUGCCUGGCCUGUACACUCAACCCUAACCAGCUGCCUGGCCUGAACACUUGGCUAUGUGGUGAAUAAGGAGGACUCAGAGCGAUGACGUGCCUACAGAAGAAGGGGACAUCCUGCAUAUCAGCCAGAAGAUUGUGGAACAUCGUGUGUAUGAAGCAAGAUCUCAAAAUUUAGUAACAAAUCAACUGGCCUUGGCUUAAACAUUAAAUCAAUUUGACCUGGAUAAGCAGCAAACCAAUGGGACAUUGCUCAAUGGCUGUGGAAGUAACUGGAGCUGGCUCAAUAGAUUAAGCACUGGUAUAUCUGGAGCUUGGCAGGAAAACUCUUUUCAGAGUGUUAAUUUUUUCCAGAUGAUACCAGGAGGAUAGAUGAAGCAAAGUGAGAAGCAUGUUCAGGUCAUGUAUUGAGGGAGGAUAGAUGUGGCGUUAAACUUGUUCAGAACAGGUUUGGGCAGCUGAACCCCAGAGUCUGAAACAGACCUUUCCUUAAAGAUGCACUGAAGGGCCUCAUUUAAGUGGAAGUGACUUAUGGACAGUAUGAUGCUUGAAACAGUGAAAUAGACAGAAUGCAAAUGCUGAGGGGUGUGGCAUUACAAGUUGUAAAUAUCACAAGCACAUGGUACGAGAUGGACAAUUACUGUCCUUCUGGAGAAGAAGUGGGCAAAUGCUGUGAACUCUAUACCCUAAGGAAUAUAAGGUGUAAGUGUUGUAAGAAUGUAAAGAUUGUCCUAGGCUAAGUAGUUUUUGUCUCAAAUGUUGAUAUAACAACCAGAAGUGUUCACAAAGUACAGCCAAAGUUCAUGUACACAAAUUCGCCUUUAUUGAAAACUUAAAACUCGUCUUGAGCUGAAGGUGUUUACCCUAGAUAACAUCAGAGGUAUUGGAAACAGGGAAGGCCUAUAUGUAUUGACAGUACUGACACAGAGAAAUUAUUGGAGGAGUUAUUACAAUGUAUAAGGUGAGAAAUCAGCACUAGGGAUGAACAUUGAAUUGGAAUGUCUCAGAACAUAAAGAUUUUAGAUUGUACAGCAAUUUCUAUACUGCUGUGUACGUCAAAUUAAACAUGGCUAAGUGCAGCAUUUAAUGACAGAGAUACAAUGUACAGAUAUUUGUAAAUAUUGUAUAUAGGCAUACAU